GAAUUGGUGUAAUUUCACCAUGGGAUUUUGUACAAAAAUCAAGGCUAUUCAAAGAUAAAUAUAGAGCAAAACUCUUACCGUUGGCAGUGGAUUUACAAUCUGAAGAACCUGAUAUUAAAGAAACAUCUGACACCAAAGAAUAUGAGAUUUCCUCAAUCCGAAAAGAGCUUGAUAAUUUAAUAAAGAAAGUCCGACUUUAUGAAAACAUUGUCGAUACCUCAAUAUUAAACUCUAAUGAAACGAAUGCAUCUCCCACUAUUAACAUUAGC